AUGACACUCGCGGAGGAGUUUAAGUCGAGGAAUUUUAGCAUCUAUGGACAAUGGACUGGCGUUCUAUGCAUAAUCCUAUGUUUCGCACUAGGAAUUGCAAAUAUUUUCCAUAAAGUCAUACCAUUCAGCAUAAUUUGCCUAGCCUCGUCCUUUGUCAUAAUUUUCGUUGAAAUACCUCUUCUCUUGCGAAUUUGCCCGACGUCAUCUAAAUUCGAUGCCUUUAUCAAACGGUUCACGACGAACUACAUGCGAGCUCUGAUGUACAUCAUCCUCGCCGCUGUUCAAUGGCUGAGCUUAAUUAUAGGCCCGUCCAGCCUCAUCGCUGCUGCGGUCGUUCUCUCGAUAGCAGCCAUUUUUUAUGGGCUAGCUGGAGUUACAAACCAAGAAUUCAUGGGCAGCAAGACGCUUGGUGGUCAGGGCGUUGCGCAGAUGAUUGUGUAA